AUGGCGACGCUCGCCCACGAACAAGCUCCGCCCGUGCAAAAUGGCUCUGCGCACCCCUUCACCUGCAACACCUGCCAGGUCGCCUUCCGCUCCAGCGACCUUCAGCGGACGCACAUGCAAUCAGAUUGGUAAGGGAGUAGCCGCCUCUGCGCUCGAACAUCUAGGCUGACCAUUCUGUGCUCUGUGUCAUAGGCACCGCUACAACCUCAAGCGUCGCGUUGCGUCUCUUCCGCCACUCACCUCCGAAGUUUUCGCCGAGAAGGUCCUAGCAAAUAAGGCCACUGCAGCUGCCACCGCCGCAAGAGCUAGCUUUGAGAGGAGAUGCGAGCCAUGUGACAAGACCUUCUACAGUGAAGGUGCCUUCUUGAAUCACCGCAACAGCCAAAAGCACCGAAUGCUUGCAGCUCGAUUGGCUGCCGGCGGGAAGGGCGACGCAGAGACCGACAGUAUGGCAGAUUCUACUUUCACCCUAGGCGAUACGCUGGAGAACGCAAGUACCUCCAGCACGGUUAAUGGCGACGGCGAUUCCGCUGCGCAAGUCGAGCAGGAGGGAGAGGAUGAGGUGGACAAAGUGGUUAAUCGCAUGCAGACUACUGGACUUGGCGAGACGGCACACACAAAUGGCCCACAAGAAUCGGAAGAGGAUGACGAGUACGAGCACAAGGCGGACCUAAAGCAGUGUCUGUUCUGCAACUACAUUUCGCCAACCGUGGACCUCAAUGUGAACCACAUGUCGCGGCAGCACAGCUUCUUUAUUCCUGAGAAGGACUUCUUGGUUGAUUUGGCCGGGUUGAUCAACCAUCUGAGCGAGACUGUCACCGUGCUGCACCAAUGCCUGUAUUGCCACAAGCAAAUCCACUCAACACCCGGUACGCAAACGCACAUGCGCGACAGAGGGCACUGCAUGAUCGCAUACAGCACAGAGGAUGAGCAGAUGGAUAUUGGGGAGUUCUACGACUUCCGGUCCACGUAUUCAGACGAAGAAACCGAGGGCGAGGAGGAGGAGACGGGGGGAGGAGUCAGCCUGGGGGCCAAGAGAGCGGCGAAGACGACUGUGGAGAAUGAGGCCGGCGAAGACGUUGAUAUGGGUGGUGAUGACGACGAUGGUUGGGAGAGUGACAGCACGGUGUCUUCUGUGCCGACUGACGAAAUCACCGCCGUCCCAAUCGAGCACCAGGAGCACAAGUACGAGAAGCUCGGACUCAAUCGGCAUCACUCUCACACGGACCGGCGGCCGCACAAGAACAGCGAUGGUUUCCAUUCGCACGCCCAUCACGGAGCCAAUGCAGUAUAUCACGAUGACUACGAAUUGCACCUUCCGUCCGGGCGCACUGCAGGGCACCGCAGCCUGAACAAGUAUUUCCGGCAAAAUCUCCGCGACUACCCCAGUACCGAAGAGCGUGCUGAGCAGCGCAUGAUUGAAGACGAGCGGCACGAGUCGGACGCCGAUGAUGAAGACACGGGAGACGCCGACUCGGCAGAGCAGAAUGGUCCACGUGGCCGACAGGUCGUGAGUCGUGCCAACGGAGGUCUCGGCAUGAUGGGAGUCAGCGAGUCGAAGAAGCGAGAGGUGCGGGCCUUGGAGAAGCGCGACCUGAAGCGGCAACAGCGUGCACAGAACCGAUACCAAGCGGGCAACGAGCGGCGUGCCAAUUUCCAGAAGCACUUCCGCGAUCCAUUGCUGCAGUAG